CCCCCCUGAGAACCUCAUUCGACCUCGAAAACCUUUAAUCCCCGGUCACGUGGUACAACUGUGACGUCAUGCCCGUGGGGUACCAUAAAAGCCGAACCCGGGCCUUCAAUCGAGAAUAGAAGUCCAAAGGCAAAAGGCAGGGACAGUCGAGCUCGCCUCCUGUGGCGCGGCAACGAAACCCGUCAGUCUGCAUUCCAGCAAUCCGCACCGCCAGACGCCACUGCACACGCCAGAGUGGACGCCGCGCGUAGCAAAGCAUUAUCGUAAAAUAUCCCAAAUUUACUCCCCUCUACCCCUAAAACUACACUUAUCCCCAAUCAAAACCGAUGUACUUCACCAAAGUGCCAAAUAAUUGAGUGGACAAGCUGAAGAUUAUCCCCCCAAAAGUGCAAUAAAGCGGGAAAUAACGGCUAAAAAUGUUGAAAAUGGAUUGAUCUCUCGAGCACGAGUGCAUCCCAGUGAUUGAAUUUGUGUUGUUUUUAUUUUCUGGUCAAAGGGAAUAAACCGCACUGGUUCGACGUAAAAGGAAUGUGUCAAGAUGCUACGAAUAUCGUUGACCCUGCACAGCGCACUGGCGCUUCUCUUCCUCAUUUUCGAUGGUUCGAAUGCCUCAGGUCCUCGCCAAGAACUUGGGAUGCAGUUUACGCGCCAUCCCCAGCCCCUAGCAGCGCCUGUAGGCGAUGUAGUGGAUUUCGAGUGCAGCCUGAACCUCGCAGCAGAUAAAUUCACAUGGCGUCACCGCCCCCUAAACUCCAAUCGCUGGUCUCCUUUGCCAAAUCCCAAUGCAAACCCGGGUGUUAGGAAGACUUCCAAGCUUGUUGUCAACUUUGAUGACCCCUCAAAAGCUGGAGACUACAGAUGCAUCGCAUAUUAUGGUACAAGUGGACUCGCUUCAGAUUCAGGUCGCCUGAGCCUAGCGAAGAUUGACCAAUUUACCGAUAAAUCAGAUCUAGAGAUAAUGGUCCCAUCUGGCAACACAGUUCCCAUAACCUGUCCCGUUCCCUUUUCCUCCCCCGAUUCAACAGUUCAAUUUUUCAAAGACAACAUCCCCAUAAAAUCCACGAAUCUAGUGGGAGGUAAAACAAUAGUUCUGGAGAACGCUCAACCAUUAGAUUCCGGGAGUUACCACUGUGCAGCCUACAACGACAUUGCCACCCAGACAGUCCGAAGUAAUCACAAGACAAAACUUAAUAUUCAUAAGGACGAGAGAAUGGUCCCUCCAUUUUUUGUUAAACAACCACAGACUGAGUACAAAAUUAUGCGAGGUAGAAACGUUACCCUCGAGUGUUUUGGUGCAGCAUAUCCUAUACCAAAAGUCACCUGGUCGAGGCUGGCAGGCAAUCUACCCUUUGGAUUUCAAUAUACACCUUCAGGAUUAGUUCUGAUUAAUGUUCAACCUCAGGAUCGAGGGGAAUACCACUGUAUGUGGACCUCAAACGCCCACAAAAUUGAAUCUGUGAUUAUUCUCAAGGUCGUUGAAGCUCCCCGAGUGACACGCGGUCCAAAGGCGUCAACAUUUUCGGAAGGAGGUGAGCUCGAGCUCUCUUGUGGAACGUCUGGUCAACCAGAGCCCACCAUAGAAUGGUUGAUAAAUGGCGAGCCCCUCCAGAGAAGUCCCAACAUCGAGAGCAAAGGCUCGACCCUCUUCGUAUCAUCUGUCGAGAAGAAACACGCUGGUAUCGUCCAGUGUGUCGCUUCCAACGAGUACGGCUCCCAUUCUGGUUACAAUCUUCUCCGGGUGAAUCCUAAGCAGCAUCCUGGAGGUAGUGGGGAUCACUCGAAGCCCGAGAGCCACGGUAUACCCGGUGGUGUGCACAAGCACACAAGAAUGGGUGGUAAGAGGAAGAGUAAGGAGGGACACCGAAGAGGAACUGUUCUGGUCCCUCCAAAUCAACCCAAUGUGACCCGACUCUCGGACGUCUCAGUGAUGGUACGCUGGUCGGUACCAGAGAACACUGGCCUCCCCAUCCAAUUCUUCAAGGUCCAGUACAAAGAGUUUGGAUCAAAAGCCAGUGGAAAACAGUCCAAGUGGAUGACCGCAAACAUGGAAAUUGCGAAUCACGUGAGAUCCUUCGAAGUUACUGAUCUCCAGACCAAUAGCUUCUACCGUUUCCGAAUAGCAGCUGUUUAUUCCAACAACGAUAAUAAAUUGAGCCCCAACUCAGUUAAAUUUCAUCUGACGAAGAUGGAGGGCUUCGACACGAACAAAAUGCCAAUUCCCUUGUUGACGAAUACUGAAGCUCUAGGAGCUGACAGGGUUCUCCUCAUAUGGCAGAAUCCGGACAGAUCCGUGGACAUUGAUGGGUUCUACGUGAAUCAUCGGGCCUCAACAACCGCUGGUGAUUACAUCAAGACUACUGUCGAGGGGAAGAACUCAACGAACAUCACAAUUUCCCAUCUACAGCCGGACACGACUUAUGAGUUUAAGGUGCAGAGCUUCUCGGUAGGUGCAGCGUCUGAGUUCUCCAAGAUUAUCAGGGAGAAGACACUGAAGGCAGUGACGGAACCACCGAGGGUCGAGCAGACUAUUCCCGAUAAUGUGCCCCAGAGCACUGGGAGUGGACAGAACGGUAGCCUUUAUGCGAUUAUCGGUGGAGCACUCGGGGGAGCAACUCUCUUGGGGGUCAUGGGGGCCAUUGUUGUUAUUUAUAAGAGAAGCAGUAUUAAACAAAACCGAGAUGCAUCCCAGAAUCAAGGAAAACACAUGACGAAUGGUCGAGUAUUGAACGGUGGAAUCACGGACUCAAAGAUCAACAUAACAUCGAAUCCCCUAGCUGUUCUCGACACAUCAGAGACAACUCAAGCAACGAAUAACAUGAAUUCUCUGCCUAAGAGCGGACAAUAUUCAUCGAUGGAGAUGACGUCUUUCGUUAAUGGCCAGAACAACAACACCAGUGCUAACGAGCUACCAGCUGGCAGUGGACCGAAUUCUCAUGCUGUCCGGAGUGAUGCAUCAUCCGGAACACUUGGAUCCAGUGAUCAUCAUGUCUGAAUUCAAUAAUUCAUCGUACAAUAAGCCAUUCUACUAUUUAUUCAUGAUAAACCGAGAGAUUUAUGACUCAAAGUUCAACAAUGACACAACAGAAGACUUGUUUUUAUAGAUUAUUAACGGUUAUUUGAAUGAUCCUCAAAACCCUGUAGGCAGCUCUGGGAGAUCAAUCAACUACAUGAGAUUAAUUAUAAAAUCGUAAGAUAUGUUCCUCCCUAUGUAAAUAGUACUGUAGACUCCAUGAUCAUUUUUUUUUCGAGAAUGUCAAACCCAUCACUCUGGAGUAUUAUCGAAGGAGGAACUUUGCUGCUUGCGUUAGAUUUUCAAGAUGUUUUUUUUUUCUCAAUAGAUUGUUAGAAGCCAUAUUGCCGCUUUAGCUAACAGUAUUGACUCAUUUUUCAUGUAGUCGUAGGCCUAAUUACUACGUUUAAAAUGAUUAUAAUUUGAUUUUGAGAAACACUGGUUUGGGGCGAUACCGGUGAAUUAAGUGCCUGAUUAUAAAUUUUGGAGGUGAUACUUUUGGUUGUGCAACAUAAGAUUCUUUAUCAAAUAUUAACUACGUUUUUCAAUGAUGAAGGAUUGAGGGGACAAACUGUAUAUAAAAUUUGUAAAAUUGUAUUUUUUUAUGGUCUAUUUAGUGUUAUUAAAUUGAAAUUAAUAAAAUUGAUGAUUUGCGGGCGCGACGGUUUACGGAUAUGUAAAUAUUACGUGUCUGAAACCGAUGGGGUUGAAAUUGGAAUUUAUGGAGAGGCUUGCAGUGCAAUGGAGUUGAGGGACAUUGUACAUAAACAUUUUUUUUUGACUUCGUUAAUUUUAGUGGUGUAUCAUGUGCCUUGCAUCUUGCCUCCAUAACUUGUAAGAGAAUAUUUAUAGACACCGAAUGUGUACUUAACUUUUUAAAAUAAAUUUCCAACAAAAUUU